AUGGUGUCGUGGAGCGACGAGACCAGUGAGGAUUCAGUCAUGAACAUCUCCUCCUCCUGCGAUGGCAUCAUCAAGCUUCCAGCUACGAUGCACGAUCUGAAUUUCAAUGGCACUGACGCAGAUGUGAAUUUCUUGUGUGAACACGGUGAGCCGGCCGAGCGCUUUGUAGCAUUUGAAGGGAUGCACACGGGCAGGAGGUUUCUUGGAUGUGCUAAGAAGUAUGCUGAUGUGAAUGCUCUUUUGGAUGCCCAGCAGCAAUGGGGUGUGGAGUUAACCAAUCAAAAGGAGCAGAAGCAAUAUCUUGAAGUGAAGAUUACUGAGCUAGAAACUGUAGUUGGCAACUUGAAGGCAGAGUUGUCAAAGAAAGAGGAGGAGAAGAAGAAACUACAGGAGAACUAUGACAGUUUGUAUGCUUAUGUGAAUUCUCUCUUGGAUGCCCAGUAG